GCCGCCCUGUUAGAAGUUAGAGAGAGAAAAGCGUGAGAGAUUUCUGCCUGUUAAUACUGGAUGAAGUUGGUUUAAAGAGAGAAUAAACGCUCUGAAACAACGAAGACCCCUUUAAAUCAAGCAAGAAGCCAUCUUUAUUUAUUCUAAUGAUCCCCCCGAUGACAGCAGCGUCGGGUUGCAGCAUUAAGCGUCAUUUGUCCUCCUACAUCGAUGCGGCGUUUGGCCAUGCCGGGGGAGUUUGCGCGUAAAAGUGAGACGCGCCGGGCUCGCGUGCCGUCCUCUCCUUAUCUUCAUCUUCAUCGGGUCCAGUGCUGAGCAGCGGCGGCGCUUCAGCUGUCAACAACCACCCGGAGAUGUGUGAGCCGCGUGCCGCCCGGAGGAGCGCCGCCGGUCCGCCUCUAACGGGCUUCGUCUGCGUGCUGUUGCUCGUGUGCGUGUCUGUCGCCUCCGCGAGUCUUGACGUUGGAAACAACGAGACGCGGAGAACCGCCGCCGCAGAGACAGCGGAGGACCCCCAUCACCCGACCAACUCCACUGGCCUCAAAAAGGCGUUUCCCGUCCUCGCCCUCAACUACGACUACGUGAGGAAGCCCUUUGAGAUCGCCCUGUGGAUCCUCCUGGCCCUGCUCAUGAAACUAGGUUUUCACAUCAUCCCCAGAGUGUCGAACGUCGUCCCCGAGAGCUGCCUGCUGAUCGGCGUCGGCCUGCUGGUGGGCGGCAUCAUCAGAGCCAUCAGAGAGGAAGCGCCCGUCCUCAACACCGAGCUCUUCUUCCUCUACCUGCUGCCUCCCAUCAUCCUCGAUGCCGGCUACUUCCUGCCCAUCCGGGCCUUCACGGAGAACAUGGGCACCAUCCUGGUGUUCGCGGUGGUGGGGACCCUGUGGAACGCCUUCUUCAUCGGCGGGAUGAUCUUCGGCGUGUGUCAGAUCGAAGGGGCCCAACUGGCCGGCGUGGACCUGCUCUCCUGCCUGCUGUUCGGCACCAUCGUCUCGGCCGUGGACCCCGUGGCCGUCCUGGCCGUGUUCGAGGAGAUCCAUAUCAACGAGCUGCUGUACAUCCUCGUGUUCGGGGAGUCGCUGCUCAACGACGCCGUCACCGUGGUUCUGUAUCACCUGUUCGAGGAGUUUUCUCACGCAGGAACUGUGACUGUGGCCGACGCCUUCCUCGGCAUCGCCUGUUUCUUUGUGGUUUCGCUGGGAGGCAUCAUGGUGGGAGCCAUCUACGGCCUGCUGGGUGCCUUCACCUCCCGCUUCACCUCGCACACCCGAGUCAUCGAGCCCCUGUUUGUUUUCCUCUACAGCUACAUGGCCUACCUCUCCGCGGAGGUCUUCCACCUGUCAGGCAUCAUGUCGUUGAUCGCCUGUGGCGUGACGAUGCGGCCGUACGUGGAGGCCAACGUCUCCCACAAGUCGUACACCACCAUCAAAUAUUUCAUGAAGAUGUGGAGCAGCGUGAGCGAGACGCUCAUCUUCAUCUUCCUCGGUGUUUCCACGGUGGCAGGUCCUCACGCCUGGAACUGGACCUUCGUCAUUUUGACCGUGGUCCUCUGUCUGGUGUCGAGAGUGCUGGGAGUCAUUGGCCUCACGUACAUCAUUAAUAAAUUCCGCAUCGUGAAGUUGACCAAAAAGGACCAGUUCAUCAUGGCCUACGGUGGCCUGCGAGGUGCCAUCGCCUUCUCGCUGGGGUUCCUGCUGACCGACGACAACGAGAUGAAGAGCAUGUUCCUCACCGCCAUCAUCACCGUCAUCUUCUUCACAGUCAUUGUGCAGGGAAUGACGAUCAGGCCUCUGGUGGAGCUUCUGGCCGUGAAGAGGAAGAAUGAGAGCAAAGGGUCAAUUAAUGAGGAGAUUCACACACAGUUCCUGGAUCAUCUCCUCACGGGAAUCGAAGACGUCUGUGGCCAUUAUGGACAUCAUCACUGGAAAGACAAGCUGAACCGCUUCAACAAGACCUACGUGAAGAGGUGGCUGAUCGCGGGCGAGCGCUCCACCGAGCCUCAGCUCAUCUCCUUCUACAACAAGAUGGAGAUGAAGCAGGCCAUGAUGCUGGUGGAGAGCGGGAGUGCCGCCAGGCCGCCCACGCACGCGUCCUCCGUCUCCAUGCAAAACAUUCAGCCGAGGGAGUCGGCCCGAGGACGGGCGAUCCCGAGCAUCUCGAAGAGUCGUGAGCAGGAGAUCAGGAAGGUUCUGCGAGGACACCUGCAGAACACCAGGCAGAGGCUUCGCUCCUACAGCAGACACGACCUGUUGGUCGACCCGUUUGAGGACCACGUGAGUGAAGUCCGCUUCAGGAAGCAGCGCGUGGAGAUGGAGAGGAGGAUGAGUCACUACCUCACAGUGCCGGCAAACCGCCAGGAAACUCCGGCCGUGAGGAAAGUCUGCUUUGAACCAGAGCACCGGGUUUACACGUACGAUGACGGCGAGAGUCCCCGAGGCCGGGCGGCUCAGCCGCGUCCCGGCCCCGCCGACGGCGUCAGCCUGGUGAGCGAAUCCCCCCCGGGGCUCGGAGCCAGAGGGCCGGACCAGGAGCAGGAGGUGCAGGAGGAGAAGGAGGAGCAGGAGGAGCAGGACCAACUGAAGCUGUCCCGCUGCCUUAGUGACCCCGGUCCAAACCACAACAAGGAGGAGGAGGAGUAGGAGGAGGAGGACCCCUUAUGAUGAAGCACAUCAUUUACAGUACUUGAAACCAGAGGGUGGAUCUCCUCACGUCCUCUGAAGCUUCCAAAGAGUGGUGCUGGAGUAAAGCUUGAUAUUGUGAAGAAGCACUGUUUUCCAUGUCCUGUUUGUGUGAUGUGCAAAUCGUGUUUUUUUUUUUUCAAAAGUUCAUGAGGAUUUUAUAUCAUGUAACAUAUUACCAAAGCAUGCACCACGAGGCAUUUUUACCAUUUCAGGAUUAUAUUACAGCCUGAAGUGAGCAGUGUUUUGUGUCUUAACAAGCAGACUUCCAUCAAAUGGAACGACAACAACAACAACAACAAACAAAGCACUUGUUUUUAACACGCUUGAAGUACCAGUUGAGUUUACGCCGAAGUGCAGUAUUAAAGCAUCUAUUUGCUGUGAUAUUAUUAUGGCAUAUAUAUAUAUAUAUUUAGCAACAAGGCAUUGCUUCCCAAUCUACCAAAGAUAAGUAUGAUGAUGCCCUAAUAUAACAAAUAAUAUAAAUAUAUAUAUUUGUUUCUCAUAAAAGAUGAAAGCUCGAUAUUGAUCCGGCUAUCCUGGGGAACCAGAAAGCACAAAUCUGGGGUUCCAAGAAUGUUCAAAUACUGUCACUAAUGUUGUCUGACCGAGGUCCGUGGUGUUUUCUCAGGGACCGCGACACGGCCCGGUGCUCCUGUCCACAGUGGGCUCCUCUUGUCUCUGUAGCACGUGACCGUUCGGUGUGCCUCUAACAUUCACGUAGUAAUAGUUGUGUGAGUACAGAUCCGGGUUCCCGGGGACGGACCGAGCACACCUGCACUGCCCUGAGCGUUCUGCUGCCUGCACGUGUUUGCCUUAAAACGUAUUGCUUUCUGUGUCUUAUCCAGUUGAAGUAUUUUUCUACUUUGAAGAAGAAGAAGGAACAGAAUGAAGAAGAGCUUUAAUUCCUGUGUCAAAUAAAGAAUGUGGCAUUGCUUAGGUCCAGUGAUAUUUCUUUUUUUAUUAUUAAAAAGAAAGAAAUCCA